UUUUUCCCUCUGUUUUCUUUGCUCGUAUCGUAUCGUCUUCCCAAAUCACUUGUGGACCAUUCUCUCUGUAUCUCAUGUCAGUACUCUCUCUCUCUCUCUCUCUCUCUCUCUCUCUCUCUCACACACACACACACAACCUACAUCAAGGGCAACACACUCCCGCAAAGUCCCCAAAGAGACCAAAUCCUGUCUUCACCCAUCUCUCUCUCUCUCUCUCUCUCUCUCUCUCUCUCUCUCUGAGCUCGGUCGAUGGCGAGAGGAUCAUCACAGGAUUUCUCCUCCACGAGACACCACAGCUUCCAUUGGACUCGAAAAGUCCGAUCCCAUGAAAACCACGACCCUAAACCCGCUCCCUCUUCCUCCUCAAUCACUCCCAAGAGGAAACUCCAAUCCAUCGCCGUCUCCCGUCUCCGCUCCGUCAUCGCCUCCCUCUCCCGGAACCGAUCCGCGCUCGGGUCCCGUGUCGUCGGCACCCUAUUCGGAUCCCGCCGCGGCCACGUCCACUUCGCAAUCCAGAAGGACCCCACCUCUCCUCCGGCGUUCCUCGUCGAGCUCGCCACUCCGAUCAGCGGAUUGGUGAAGGAGAUGGCCUCGGGCCUCGUCAGGAUAGCCUUGGAGUGCGACAGGCCCAAGGAAGAAGACGCCGGCGGUGGUGAAAAGACGAGAAUGCCCUCGCGGCGGCUGGUGGAGGAGCCACUGUGGAGGACGUACUGCAACGGGAAGAAAUGCGGGUUCGGUGCGAGGAGGGAGUGCGGAGGGAAGGAGACGAAGGUACUGAAGGCCCUCGAGAUGGUUUCAAUGGGCGCCGGAGUUCUGCCGGAGACGGAGGAAUCCGGCGCCGGAGAUGUGAUGUACAUGAGGGCCAAGUUCGAGAGAGUAGUCGGUUCGCCAGACUCUGAAGCUUUUUACAUGAUGAACCCUGACAGCAAUGGAGCUCCUGAGCUCAGUCUGUAUCUACUCAGAAUCUGACGGAGAAGGCGAAGAGUGUCGGGACAAGAAAGUCUCUGUGUCAGAUAGAAGGUCUGGGUUCAGGGUUUUUUGGGGGAGAUCAAUUAUGUCUGAACGGUGAUAUACCUUGUUUCCUUCUCUUUAGGGAAAAAAAAUAAACCGAGGGAGAAAUUUCGGUUUUUGUUAAAUCCGCAACCAUGGUUUUCCGAUCACGUGAAA